CUUUCGACAUAUCCUGCGUGUCAGUUUGUGAGACACAGUUGUGUCGGGAAUAUGUUUCCUCGGUAUCUGCAACACUAGCAGGCUAAAAGAGAGAAACAAGACGCUCUUAAACGCAUUUAGGCCAAUUGUGGAAGCAUUACAAUAUAUAUAUAUAUAUAUUUAUAACUGUUGAGUAGUGCAGGCGAGUCGAGUGUUUUAUCCAUGCUGUCAACUAGAAUUCGCAUUUCGAAAUAUAGUUUUCGACGAAUGUUAAUGUCAAGUACUCGGAGAUGUGCUCUGAAGCUCUCUGUUCGUGGAAAUCUUGAACAUAAGGCCAGAGACAGCUUUUUUUAAGACUUACCUAAUCUCAUUUGAGAAUUUAGGUUGCAAUAUGAAACACUGCUUUGUAUAAUAAGAAGACAAUACGUGGCAGGCGUUUGUGUUUCGUUUAAAUGACAAUGUCAAGUGUGAACAAGAACAUUGCAUUUCAUACUUAACGACUUUAAGUGCAUUACGUGAGACCUAGUGUUAAAUAUAUGGAACACGGUGAUUUAGUCUACGAGUAUACACGAAUAACUGUAUUUUUGAAGACACCAAGUAAGACAUACAAAUUACCAUGGAGUGCUUUGUCAGUUCUUCGCUUUUCGUGGCGAUAACAUUUCUGACCAUGGUUGAGGGUGUGCUGACCUUGUUUAUAUACACUAAAGAGAAUAGUUUGAGGAAGAGAGAGCCGAGUCCUUUUGUUUACAGUCUGGCCGUCAGUAUUACCCUGCUAUCUAUGUUCUCCUUUGCCUUCAACGUCAUACUCCUCUCGCGUUCGUGUCGAAACGAUUGGAGUAUUAUGUGGUGCGUUGUUUUGAAUAUUAUUCUGCGGUACCUGCACGUCGUCUCUUGCUUCUGCGUGACUUGUCUAGCGCUGUACCGAUACCUGUACCUGUGCUGGCCUCUCCGCUGCCCGAUGCUCGUCACUCAGCGCCGCUGUUGCUACGUCACCUUAGCCUGCUGGACGCUGCCCAUCGCCCUGGUCGCCGUUCCGUCUGCGAUCGACGGCCAGGCUCCUUGCGCUGACAUGCAGGUAACCGUCUCCUUCUACAUCACCUACGUCGUCUUGUAUAUCUUGGGAGCCUUCACCACCUUCGUCGCAUACCUCCUGGUGGCGCUGGAGUUCAGGAGGAAACACAACAGUGCUUCGCCAACCGCAGACAUCGCCAAGUUCGACUUUCUCGCGAAAGUGCGAACGGAGAGGUGUGCCCUUCACGUCUUCGUACUCUACACUAUUUUAUCUCUCCCUCACAUCAUAAUGGUCAUCAUGAGCAUGAUCUACGGCGUGAACGCCAAGAUGAACAGGGACAUCCCAGCCCUCCUGCAGCGUCUGCACCUGCUGCUAUUCCUCCCCUUCUACGCCUGGGCCAACCCCUUCUUCCGCGCCGCCCUCACUAGUUGGGCCAAGAGGACGUGGUCGAGGCUGACGUGCGGAGACGAAGAGGGUGACUUCCACAUCCACAGUAACGGCACGAAAGAGGAGUCGGCGGAGAAGGCGGAGGGCCUACGGCAAGAAUCCCCUGUUUGACUUGGCUGCGGGCGGCUUGUCGUGGCUGUAUCUUAUAGUGGUUGAUGUAAGGGAGGAGCGUGGAGUUUAGACGGUGGGAGUGGGAGUGUUGUGGGAGUGAGGGUGGAGGUGAAAGAGGUCUGUGGUGGAGGAGUUAGUUGAACUUAGCUUUCCAUGAGACCUUAGCUUUCUAGGGUCUAUGACGAUUCUCUUUUGUUGAACAGACUGUUUACCUUUCGUAUUUUCCCCAAUGGUUGACGAGUCAUAGGCAAACAGUUUAGCAUUAGAUGUGAACUUAAUAAAUUGCAAAUCUCAAGGGCGGGUAUGUGCCUCCCUUGCCCCUUCUCUGGACUUACUGUACCAAAGGCUUAAGUAAUCCCACGUGGCUUUACUAUUGUAAAUUGUAAAUAGUGAUGUAGAUUGUGAUCUGUUGUGAUUAGCAUGUUUUCUAUUAUAAUUGAUGUAUAUAUAUUAGUAUGUAUGUGUGAGGAAGUGCAUUUCCUUAUUAGUAAUAUGUUGGUGAUGAGGUGAUAACCAGCCUGUAAAUAUUAUAAAGAAAAAAUAUCUUCAGGUGAUGAGAAAUUUAUUUUAUCAGUAGAUUAGUUAGGAAUCUCUUCAUGGAUUCAUGGAUGCUAACCUUCUGCUUUAGAUAAAACAUCUUCUCAUUUGUGAUUGUAAAAAUAAUAAUAAUAAUAAUUACAAAAAUAUGAUACACCUUUGAUACCUACGUGUAACUUUUUUCCCCUACAAACAAGCAAGCACAAUACAAGCACACAAGCGGAGACCAAAGCACGCAUAAUCAUUUGUCAGGAAGUUCAUUUGGCAACAUCAGAACGUUUUUCCCCAUGCGAGAUACUCGUCUCUCCUGUUUCUCCUCUCUCGUUUAAACCACUGCUGUUCUGCUCUUGUUUCAGAAAAAAAAGGUAUUUCA